GCCAUUCGAAAGAUUCUCGACCCCGACGACGUACCAGGACGACAGGUCAGGCCUGGUCAAUUUGAUCUCCCAUUCUCCGAGUAAUAUACCGAAUACGUCAAAGUCUGCUCAAGCAGCGCCACCGUCAUAAUGCCCGUUCCUUUUGAGGCUCUUCUUCCCUAUGCCAUCAUGAUUGGUAUGUUCGGUAUCUCUGGUACUGGCCUUGCCGUCAUUAAGGGCAUCCAAAACGAGGGCAAGCGGCCUCGUUACUCGGUUGAUCAGUGGGAUAGACAAAUGAUGGACCGUGACCGUCGCCUUACGGGAACCCUACGAGGACAAACAGACAAGGCAGAGGCACCCUUAGGGUUCGAAUUGAACAACCCCUGGAAGCUGGAAACACGCUUUUCUUAAACAACAGUACGAUGGCUUAGAGCGGAUGGUUACGAAGGCAACCCAGAUCAACAAAUGUAAUUACACAAUUUGGGUCCGAGGCAUAAAUAGCAAGGCCUGUAGAAUGGGCGGCAGUUACGAGGGAGAAUUCAACAAUUUCAAAC